GAACGCCGACUAAACGGUAACGGACGGCCCGAUGGCUGCUGGUUACGGAAUCCGACGGCCCAAGAGGCACGCAGCGCUCGGAGUGGUUAUCCCAACGCCACCCGCCGCCCACUUCCCGCCUGCCGAAACGCCGAUCACCUCCCGCACCGCACUGCUUCGUCCUGGUCCUUGCCAAUUGCUACCUUGAAUCUGAAGCCAGCCGGCACCUCUCGCCCUCCGUCUGGCCACCGAGGCUUGCAGCACCCUGGAGUGGGCUUCAUCCGUCGCUCUGAUCAGUGGUUAUGUUAUGUUCGAUGAAAUGCCUAGGAAGGUUGUCAUUGCCCUACAGAUGCACUUGUGGCUCUUGAUGAAGCUUUGUGUAUUCUAAGGAUUGGAGUUCUAACAUAAAAACAAAUGGCAUCGAUCAUAUUCGGUCCAGGAAACCUGCACGCCCUCUCCGUGCGGCUGAGAAUAUUUGUUGGGAGUGGGAUAUUUCAGUAUGGUCCCUUUAUCCGUGGUGUGCAGCGGAGGUGGAAGAAGCCAGUAGAUUCAGCAAGAACCCGUCUGGAGGGCAGAACAAGGGAUCAUAGGCUGGACAAGCUAAUGGUCCAACUGAGGAACUUGAGGCAUGCCUUGGCUUUACGUGAGUUAAUAUCUCAGCGGAGGAACGAAUAUGCUUCUCUCCAACUUCUUUCAAAGUGGAGACAUGAGGUCGGAUUGAACAUUGAGAUUGGCGCUUUCCUCAAGAAAUACCCCCACAUUUUCCAGAUUUACAUGCACCCUGUGAAGAGAAACCAUUGCUGCAAGGUCACACAAAAGAUGACUGACUUGAUUGCAGAGGAAGAGGCAGUGAUCAGGGAGAAUGAGACCAACAUAGUUCAGCGGCUGAAGAAACUUCUCAUGCUCUCUACAAAUGGAAGUCUGAAUAUGCACGCAUUAUGGCUAGUGAGGAGGGAACUUGGGCUGCCUGAUGAUUACAGGUCUUCCAUGCUACCAAAAUAUCCACAUGAUUUAUAUCUUGAAUCCCCUGAUACUCUGUCACUUGUCUCUCGGGAUGACGAAUUAGCUGUAGCUAAGAUUGAAGAAUGGAGGAAGAAAGAGUACACUGAAAAAUGGCUAGCUGAAUCAGAGACAAAAUACGCUUUUCCAAUCAACUUCCCUACUGGAUUUAAGAUUGAGAAAGGCUUUAGGGAAAAACUGAAGAACUGGCAGAGGCUUCCCUACACCAAGCCUUAUGAGAAGAAUGAUUUGCAUCCAAUCCACAAUGUGGAGCGGAUUGAGAAACGUAUUGUUGGUAUUCUUCAUGAACUCUUCAGCCUUACAGUAGAAAAGAUGAUACCACUUGAGAGACUGUCGCACUUCAGACGAGUUUUUGCUAUGGAAGUAAACUUGCGGGAGCUUCUUCUUAAGUACCCCGGAAUUUUCUACAUCUCGACCAAGGGAAGUGCACAGACAGUCAUUCUGAGGGAGAGUUACAGUAAAGGCUGCCUAGUUGAGCCUAAUCCUGUAUAUGAUGUGCGAAGGAAAAUGCUAGAUCUGAUUUUGUCUGGAUGCCGUAACGUCGGUGAACCGGAGAGUGCAGCUUUGUUUGCUGAGGAGUAUGAUCAGGCAAGCUGCCAUGAGUUGCAGAAGAACAUGUGCCAGGUGGAUACUGCAAAUACCGUACUUGAACUUGAAACUGACAGUGACUCCUAUAGAAAGAAGUGUAUUACUGAGAACCUCCCGUACCAACAUUUCUGUGACUCACAAGAAAAGAGUGACUAAGCGAUGAAGCAGACCUCAACAUGUAGGGAUAGUUUGGGACUCUUGGUUACUGGACGCAGAUGGUAUCAACAGGCACUGUUCUCACUUCUCACAGCAUCUUCAACCAUGUCCAAUCACCGCUCUGUUCGCUUGGGUGAUUCGGCUGAUUUCGGCUGGUUUAAUAGUAUUCUGUGAGAGGGAAUAACCUGAAAUAAGCCGAAACAAGCCAAAAUAAGACAAGCGAACAGAGCGCACAACGCUGCAUCCUGCAGACCAAUUCAUGGACCUCCUCAAUCGGUACCCAAACAGUAGCAACAGUAUUCAGUCUCUUGGUAAUUUUUAGAUGGUUUUUGCACCAUCAUACAGUGACGCUUCAGAUUGGUAUAUAGCUUCCACUUUGAACUAGCUAGGGACAUGAUGCCAUCGAUAUACAUCUAACUGCAAAUAUAGAAUGUCGUCCGGUUCAAGAAACACGAGAAUCUCCAGUUGCAGGCCUCCUGCAACCGCUUCCCUGUUAAAACCGAUAGGAUCAUCGCAGCAUCAGGGCCUACUUGUAGUAGUAGUAGUACAACAAGUGAGCAUUAGAAGAGCAGAGCUUCACUGAUCUCUGAAGCUAUCUAUAAGGAUACUAAUGGUACUGCUAGGAGUACUAGGGGUGCAGAGCUUUUGAACCACCACGCUCACCAUCUAUUCGUCAGCUACGAGCAUCGCCAAGAUGUCACGGGGCACCGGCGGCCUGACCGCCGUCCGGCUCGGGCUCCGGCGCCGGCGAGUCCUCCAGCUCCAGGCCUCCUCUCCCAGGUUCAGAGUGGGAUUCAUCAGCCUGAGAACGUGGAUACUGGCGUUAAUCUUUAUCAUCACCCUCGUGCGCCCUGAUCUGGUUCUUGCCGGGGUGAACGCGUCUUCAGCUAUGCUGCCUCUGCCUGAGCCAAGGCCGCAGCCGGCGACGUUGGAGUUGGAGGUGGAGGUGCCCCUGCCGGCGGGACCACAGGCCCGGAUCUUCCAUCUGCAUCCUACAAAUGCUGCUUCGGUGGUGGCAAAGCCGACAUCCACCCUGCCACUUAUUUUGCUCUUGUUCUUCCUCCUCACGAUUAUUGCUUAAAUUAUCUACUUCCGGACAUUUUAUAUGAACAAACAAUAAACUUUUGUUCGAUAUAAACAUAUAUAUGAAUGAAUGGUAAACGGUAAUGCGGCU